AGCAAGCUAUUGAUCUUUAAUGCGUCCCACUCAUGACCCUGUUGUUUUUGUUCUAUGAAAAAGAAGGCACAGUGCUUUGGGAUUCUUCUGCCUUAGUUGAGGCGAGGUGUGAGUAUUACAAACAUAAAUGCAAUGCAGAAGAUUUUUAGAAUAAAUCACUCAACACACACAUUGUAAUAACCUUAGUCAGAUUAGAUUUUGGUAAGGUCUGAAUAUCCGGAAGUCUGAUAAUUAUUCUCAGAGUUUACAGGAAAAAAUUUAAAACUGGAUUACCCUGGCAGACAUUUUGAUGUGUUUUCAUUACUAAGGAUACUUGUUAAAUAAUAAUUUCAUUUGCAGCCACAGAGCAUUGUGGUUAAAAAGAGAGGCUUCCAAUUAGCCAGUUUAUAAGUAUAAAAUCUAAAAAUAUCAGAUUCAACUUUUUUACCGCAAACUAAGAGGCAUUCACAGUUGUGUUCAAAGCAAAUCUGACAAGUUUAAAAAAUGUGAGGAGGUGGGUUGUUCUCUAUAAUAAGCAGAUGCAGCAGCUGCACUGCAGUGUGCUUGCCUGCCUGUCCUUGUUGUCCCAGGAUUUAAAUAAAGUGAUUAUAUAUUAUUAUUAUUAUCACUUUAUAUAAGUCUUGUCAGUGUGUAACAAAUCAAGGAGAAUAUUUUCCAUAAAUGUGGUUAAAUAAGUUCACAUCAGUCUGCACUGGAUUGUCCAUCAAUUUCUUGUCACACGAUGCCUCCUUCUAACACCCGGUUAAAUCAAUACUGACUUCAUUUCUGUGCUGCGAGAGCCAAUCUUUCUUUGAUCUCUGAAAGAAGUUUCAUGGAUUUUGUCAGAACUUGCAGAAGAGAAAAUGUACAAAGGUUCCAAUGAAUGAGACGUGUAACCUGGCGAGCUUGUUAUUGUGUUGCUUUUGGCUAAGCUUGUCAGAGAACGGAUUUAGUUUUACAUUUUGACUUUAACAUUGAUCAGUAAAGUGCUGAAGUCAUGCUGUGCUUCACUUCCAAACUAAUAAAGGAAUGAAGUGGAUUUAGAAAGGUGCAUCUUUUUAAAAUUCUAUGCCAUCAUUGAAGAGUUAAUAUCCACCUUGUGUCCAUUCUAUUACAUCUAAUUCUGAACAAAUUGCAUUAAAGGUGGCAUGUAGAGUUAAAAAAAAAUCAAUAUUUCUCUUUAAAAUGCAAAAGAUAACUCUGAACUUGUGAACCUGCAUGUGCAUCUUCAAAUGUAUGUAUGAGAUAAACAAAUUGGGGCCCAGUAGUUAUAGAAAAACAGACUGAUUGCACAACUAGAGGUCAAACGUCCCCAGGGAACUUUUAAUAUGUAUGAGUAUUCUCAGUCAGUCAAGAGUUUAACUUAACCCUUGGGCUCUAAAAGAUCUAAAUCCAAAUCGAAAAUCUCAAACACUUAUGUUUCCUGACAGAGAGUUUUUGCUGGAGAGAAUUUGCGGUUGAUGUGGUUCACUUUGCUGACUUAAACAUGUGUCUCUGUGAAAAAUGACUUGUCAGUAAAGUGUAAUUCGCAACGCAGGCUAGUGGCAGUUGUCCAAGCCAAUGUUACUGCGGAUUCUCAGCUGCAUAUGUUGAUGCUAUAGCAUCUGUUUCACCCCUCCUUUAACUUUCUCUCCAGGAAGCUAGAAACACUACAGGCUGCUGAGCUUUUUGAGCAUUAAGGCUUUGAUUCAGAAAAUGGUCCCUCACCAGGCCGCAGUCCCAUGGAUUCGCAGGCGAGUCCUGGGUUGGUGCUCCACCCAUCUUUUCCCCAGAGCCAACGAAGGGAAUCCUUCCUGUACCGCUCAGACUCAGACUAUGACACGUCCCCCAAAACUAUGUCACGUAACUCAUCCAUCAACAGUGAGGGGCACGCCGAAGACAUGAUUGUCACCCCUUUUGCUCAGGUGUUGGCCAGCCUACGAACUGUAAGAAGCAACUUCACCAUCCUCGCCAAUGUCACAACACCCACUAACAAGAGGUCGCCACUGACAAGCCAACCCACCGUUCCCCAAGCUACACUCUCCGAGGAGACAUACCAGCAGAUGGCUCGGGAGACUCUGGAGGAGCUGGACUGGUGUCUGGACCAGCUGGAGACCAUUCAGACCCACCGUUCAGUCAGUGAGAUGGCCUCCAACAAGUUCAAAAGGAUGCUGAACAGGGAGCUGUCCCAUUUGUCAGAGAUGAGUCGCUCAGGGAACCAAGUGUCAGAAUACAUCUCCACUACCUUUCUAGAUAAGCAGAACGAGGUAGAGAUCCCUUCCCCAACUUUGAGGGAGAGGGAGAAGCCCAUGUGUCACAUCAGCGGUGUAAAGAAGCUCACGCACAGUUCCAGCCUAUCCAACUCCACCUUGCCUCGUUUCGGCGUGAAGACUGAACACGAGGAUGCGUUAGCCAGGGAGCUGAACGACUUGAACAAGUGGGGCCUUAAUAUCUUUCAUGUGGCAGAGUUUUCUAAUAAUCGACCUCUCAGCUGCAUCAUGUUUGCCAUCUUCCAGGAGAGAGAUCUACUGAAGACUUUUCGAAUCCCUGUGGAUACAUUCGUCACUUACGUGAUGACCCUUGAGGACCACUAUCAUGCCAAUGUGGCCUACCACAACAGCCUCCAUGCUGCUGAUGUCACCCAGUCCACCCAUGUACUGCUAUCCACACCAGCUCUAGAUGCUGUAUUCACUGAUCUGGAGAUUUUAGCUGCGUUGUUUGCUGCUGCCAUCCAUGAUGUAGACCAUCCAGGAGUGUCCAACCAAUUCCUCAUAAACACCAACUCAGAAUUAGCUCUGAUGUAUAAUGACGAGUCUGUGCUGGAGAACCAUCACCUGGCUGUGGGUUUCAAGCUGCUUCAUGAGGACAACUGUGACAUCUUCCAGAACCUCAGCAAAAGGCAGAGGCAGAGCCUGAGGAAGCUUGUCAUUGAUAUGGUUUUGGCCACAGAUAUGUCCAAACACAUGAGUUUGCUCGCAGACCUCAAGACUAUGGUGGAAACCAAGAAAGUAACAAGUUCUGGAGUGCUGUUGCUGGACCACUAUACCGAUCGAAUACAGGUGUUGAGGAACAUGGUGCACUGUGCUGACCUGAGCAAUCCUACAAAGCCUCUGGCUGUUUAUCGACAAUGGACGGAGAGAAUCAUGGAGGAGUUCUUCAGGCAAGGAGACAAGGAGAGGGAGCGAGGGAUGGAGAUCAGUCCCAUGUGUGAUAAACACACUGCAUCUGUGGAAAAAAGUCAGGUGGGCUUCAUUGACUAUAUUGUCCACCCACUAUGGGAGACAUGGGGGGACCUUGUGCAUCCUGAUGCCCAGGAAAUCCUGGACACUCUAGAGGACAACAGGGACUGGUACCAGAGCACUAUCCCACAAAGCCCUUCGCCGCCACCUGUGGGCCAGGACAAGGAUCUAAAUGCAUGCAUAGACAAGUUUCAGUUUGAGCUCACCCUGGAAGAGAGCACUCAGAGUGAACAGGGAGACACGGGUGACAAACCUAGGCCAAAUCACGCUGGAAAGGAUUGCAGUCACAUGGAUGAGGAGGAUAAAAAGGAGGAUGAGGAAGACAUAAUGGCAGACGAGGAAAACGAGGAUAUAAUAGAAGAAGAGGACGAGGUGGCUAUGGAGGAGGAGGAAGUGGAGGAAGAGAUGAAAACUCAGUUGGGUGAGGGGUCUGAAAAGGAAAGACUUUCCGACACAAGUCCUGUAGAGGAAGAGGAAGAUUCUUCUUCACAAGCUGAAGAUACAUGAGUUCUGCUUCUGUAUCUCCCUUGUCACUUGCACACAUUAUCUUGUUCAUUCUUUCAAUGGCCAAACCAAGAACAAAUAAGACUGCAAUGACAAUACAGACCUUUAAAUAUAUUUUUCAAAAAGGGAAUAAAUUAAAAUCGCUUAAAGAGAAGCUAAAUACACAGCAACUGUAGAUUUGAAGAGGUGACAAGUUCUUUGACUGAUUUCACAAUGAACUUAAGACUGAGGAAUUUAGGAGAAAGUGACGAUGGGAAACUGAAGACGGCGUAGCACUUGGGUGACCGGAAUGCACAUAAAUAAACACACAAAAAGUGACAUAAAAACACAAAAAUAGGAGCAGGAGCAAGUCAUGUAGAAUACAAAAAUGCAAUGUAUGUACAUGCAUACAGCGGUCAUGCAAUAUAAUUUUUUUAAAUGCACAGACACACACACACACACACACACACACACACACACACACACACUUGACUGUAUGUUUGUAUGUGUGCAUUUACAACAGGGACAUUAAUCUGUAAUGAAUCUCUUUGGAAAAAGCCAUCCCUUAUUGAUGUAUUAACUAGUGUUCAGUCAGUAUUAGUAAUUCAUGUCUGUUAGGAUCUCAAAAGAAACUAUUCUCCUCAGAAAAGCUCAACGUCCAAGUGAUUUUUUUUUCCAUUUCUGUCGGAAAGAAAAAUAAGAAAAUCCACAGAGUUGGAGGAGAAGAGGGGAAUAAUCGAAAGUAAAGGAAGAUGCUGCGAUGAAGGGACAACCAGGUCCCAUAUCCCUUUUCCCUUUACAAGGAGAGUGCUACUGGUGCAAAAUGGCUCUGUGCCUUUCUGAAACACCAGCUUCCUGAAUGGAGCUGUCGUGAAGCAAUGCAUUGUGGGACAGGAGAGUCAGAUUUUGUUAACAUUUUUGAUUGUCUCUUGUUAAAGAUCUCUCUUUGCUGUUCAUGGUAUUGUGGUGUGUGAUUCACACGUACAGUUUCUGUGGUGAUAUGUUUUUGGCUGUAAGUCUUCCUUUGUUGCUCUUCUGGUAAUAUUAGAAUCAGAACUUUAGAUGCAGAGCAAUUACAAACACCACCACAACCACCAGGGGACUCUUUCCAGCUUCUUUUUUUUUAUUAGAAUUAUUUCUUUUCUUAACUUUCUGAGAAUAAGCCAUGUGAUGCUUUGAAGCAUAUGUUUAGCCUAUUUUAUAUAUUUAGAAGUUGCUGAAUACAUUUAAGGGAUACAGAAUUAUUUCACAAGCUGAACAAAUUAUCAUUUAUUGUCUCACACCCACUUGCACUGUGUGUUUUUGUCUCCUCAUACGCAACAAUUCUCACCAAAGUAGAGGAUGAGAAACUUCAGUGGAUGAAGUGAUUUUGAGGAACACGGAUAAAUAAGGAAAUCAGGGAGGCAGAAUGUCAGGGAAAGAAGUGUGACUUGGCCAAAUGGAGGUCUGGCAGUCCCUAAUCAUCCUUGCUAUGUUUGAUGGUUUUUUGCCUUAAUGUCUGAUGCAGGAUGCAUACCUGCCAAUAUGUAGAUUUAUAAGAUAUAUGAUAGAUAUCCUAGUAUAUUUAUAUCACGUCUGUAUGCUUAUUUCUGUGAGUAUCGGUAUGUCUAGACACAAUGUAUCCAGGAUUGCAUCUGGAGGGGAAGGGGAAAUAUUGCUGCCAGUUUCUUGUUAUGUUAUUGCUGUGCUUGGACCAACAUAAAGAAUGUGUUGUUUUUUAAAUCAGGAUGGCAUAUUUCUGCUUGAUAGCUACUGGGACAUGUU